AUGGGUGUGCUAGGUACAUCGAAAGUUGAAGAGGAGGCAUUACGGGCUGCUGCAGAAGCUCUGGCGUCAAGAGCAUCUGUUGACCAGUCGGCAUCAUCUCAAUACGAAACAGCGUCUGAGUUCGCCUCGGCAUCUGAAUUCGACCCUGAUGAGGAUUUAAUAGAUAACAGAGACAACCAAAAUGAAACUUAUUCGGAAUCUGUUUCAGAGAACAAUUCCACCAUUCAAGAAGCCACACAACCUUAUGCCCCAUCAUCCCUGAAAGAUUUAGAUGAUGAUGAGAUUGAUUAUGUCAUGCCAAUUCAACACCCGCAAGAAAUUGAUGUUUCGAAUAUGGAUGAAAAUGAAUUGAAUAGGAUUGUAACUACUCAAACAGGAGGUUCAUUGGGACUUUCUUUGCAACCAAGUCGGACUCACGGAGAAUUCAUCGACCCAAAGGAUUUGGAUUGGGACGGUCCGGAUGACAAAGAAAACCCUUUCAACUGGUCCAAGUCCAAGAAAUGGUUUAUCACCUUCGUUACUGCGAACGUCUGCUUAUGUGUUUCUUUGGGUUCUUCGUUGUUCGUCGAAGGUGUGCCAGAGCUUGAAAUAAAGAUGGGCAUUUCACAGACGCUCGGUCUUUCUGGAUUGACAUUCUAUUUGAUUGGCUUGGCUCUCGGUCCAGUUAUUGCAGCUCCUCUUUCGGAGAUGGUGGGCCGGAGAUAUAUCUACAUUCUCACAUUUCCAGCAUCUAUGCUCUUCACCAUGGGUGUUGGUUUGUCUAAAAAUAUCAGAACCAUUCUUGUAUUAAGAUUCUUUGCUGGUUUUAUUGCAUCGCCGCCAAUGUCUCUUGCUGGAGGAACCAUUUCUGAUAUUUGGGGUAACUCGCCCAUCGACAUGUCUAUUGCAAUGGCUUUGUUCUGUGUCGCACCAUUCUUGGGUCCUGUCAUUGGACCGAUCGUUGGAGGUUUCGCCGCUGAACAUAAAGGAUGGAAAUGGACUAUGUGGGUAUCUUUGAUGUUCUCAGGUGCUAUUUUGCCAUUCCUUCUUCUCGUUCCAGAAACAUACAAAUUGGCAAUUUUGAGAAAGAGAGCCAAGAGCAGAGGUGUGAAGUUGGUUCAAUAUAAAUUCAUUGACAUUGUCAAGCUUGCCCUUCAAGUCUACAUCAUCAGACCUGUUGAAAUGUUAUUCGUGGAGCCUAUCGUCGGUUUAACAUCCCUCUACAUUGCUUUCGUUUUUGCGGUUUUGUUCGGUUUCUUUGAGGCUUUCCCUAUUAUUUUUAGAGGCCUUUACAGAAUGGAUUUCGGUGUCUCAGGUUUGCCUUUCCUUGCUGUUGGAAUUGGUUUGAUUUUUGGAGUGGUGCUCUAUGUUGCUCUCGACCUUUUCUAUUAUUACCCAAAGAACCCUGAUGGAACUAGAGGCAAACGUGAUGAGAAUGGCAAUUUUGUUUGGGACGCCCCUGAAAGAAAAUUAACCAUUGCCAUGGCUGGAUCUGUCUUUUUGCCUAUUGCCUUAUUUUGGUUAGCUUGGACGGCCAAGAAAUCUAUUCAUUGGAUUGCACCAACACUUGCAGGUCUCCCAUUUGGUUUCGGAUUAAUUUGGGUCUUUUUCGGUAUUGUUCUUUACUACUCGAUGUCUUUCCCACCUGCCUAUGUUGCUUCUGCCUUGGCUGCUAACAACUUGUUGCGUUAUCUCUUGGCAUCUGUUUUCCCAUUGUUUAUGGUGCAAAUGUAUGAAAGAUUGCACAUAGAUUGGGCUACUACAUUAUUGGCUUUCAUCUCUUUAGCCAUGGUUCCAAUUCCUUUUGCAUUCAAGAAGUACGGUCCAAAGCUUAGAGCGCAUUCUAAGUACGGAUAUGUUGCAUUUUUCAAGAAAAUCGCCGCUCAAAAGGCUGCUGCUGCUGCUGCUGCUGCAACUCCUGUUACCCCUUCUGCUAAUGAUAGUGGUGAGGAAACUGCUGCUGGCGCUGCCAGCCCAGAAAAAGGUGAUAAUGUGGAGAGCAACAGCUCUAUCUUAGCAAAGGGCGAAAAGACUAACGAUCAUCAGCACUCUGCCUUGAGCAGAGAGGAAGUCGGCGAAAAGGUAUAA